AAAAAAGUAAUUUCUACUGACCAGAAGACAAAAACGGUGACAUUUCUGAAUGGAGACAUCAAACACAUUUUGGAUGAUGGGAAAGUGGUGUAUCGCUAUGCUGAUUCAAAGACAACACAAACCACUUACCCCAGUGGUCUGGAGGUGCUUCACUUCGCGAACAAGCAGAUAGAGAAGCGACACCCUGGGGGGAAGAGAGAGAUCCUGUUUCCAGACCAGACCAUCAAGUAUUUGGAGUCUGACGGCAGCGAGAAGACAAUCUUCCUUGAUGGCACCGUCAUUCACCUUUCGCCGUCAGGUGAGAAGAUGGUUGAUUUCCCCAACGGCCAGAGAGAAGUUCAUACCUCUCAGUAUAAGAGGAGAGAGUAUCCUGAUGGGACAGUUAAGAUCAUCUAUCCCAGCGGACAACAGGAAACUAAGUAUGCAUCAGGCCGAGUGCACAUCAGAACAGUGAAAGGAGACUGUCUCACAACCUGAAUGAACUUGUGUGUUCACACAUGAUACAAAGAGUGCUGUGUGUUUGAGUGGAUGUGCGAAUGUAGCAUGUGAAUCAACAAUCACAGAUCACACCCUGAUAAAAAUCACUAUGACAGUAAAUACUUAUGUCUUUACUUUUCACAAGAAAAUGGUUAAAUUACGUGAAUCUGAAUGGUUUGUUGGAAGUAACGUUGCACUAACUUGAACAAAUAUGACUAAUAUCCCAGGACAGUGAUUCAACCUGACUGCUUUACUGAGACAAAAUGAUGUAUUUGUACUUUGGAAAGAUGAACAAGUCAGAGCUUAACAAAAAAACGAGUAUUUCUGCUACAAUUUGCUUGGCUAAACCAACUCAAAUCUACACAUACACUAACAAUUAAAAAUUUGCACACACCUUCUAAUUUAAUGUUUUUUCUUUAUUUUCAUGACUUUUACUUUGUAGAUUCUCACUGAAGGCGUCAAAACUAUGAAGGAACACAUAUGGAAUUAUGUAGUAAAAAAAAAGGGUGAAAUAAGUUAAAACAUGUUUUGUAUUUUAGAUUCUUCCAAAAAGCCACCCUUGGCUUUGAUUACAGC